UGUUUGGCUUGUAAAGGAUUUUUUAAAUUAUUAGGCUAUUAUUUCUUUUGAUCUGGAUGGAUUUUUAAUGGUGAGUCAGCGCAGCAGCUGCUGGACCAACACCUAUUGAAUUGCGGAACUGAAAGUUGCAACAGCUGGGUUUUGAUUUCCACGUACACGUUACAGUAGCUAGCCUGAACAUCUAAAAAUGGCUGACGACUUUGGGUUCUCAUCUCCUGACAACGGUGUUCAUCCCGUUGAAGAAGAUCCUGCUGCAGCGUUUCUGGCUCAACAGGAAAGUGAAAUAGCUGUGAUUGAGAAUGACGGUGAGGGAUUCGGUGGUGAUGGGUUCGGCGAAGGAUUCGGAGAGUUGGAAGAGGCCGAAGAACAACCGCAGCAAGAGGAACAUUCUGCCCCUGAAGUACAUGAUGAGUAUGAUGCCUUUGGUGACGCACCAGCUGCAGUAAACGGAGACAUGUUUCAGGAUUCAAAUGGGACAUCAGACAGCUAUGCUGCCAUCGCCCAGGUUGACCAGCUGCGGCAAGAACCUGAAAGUUUGCGCAAGUGGAGGGAGGAACAGAAAGCUCGACUGGAAGAUUUAGAUGCUGCCUCCAAAGCUGCAGAGUCUGAAUGGAAAGAGAAGGCCAGGAAGGAGCUUGAAGACUGGCAUCACCAUCAAAGUGAGCAGCUGGAGAAGAACAAGGCCAACAACAGACUUUGUCCAAGUGUAGAACGAUCUUCUGAAGAUGCCUUCCUGAAGGAGUGUGGUGAAGACAGCCCGGGCUCAGAGUGGGAGAAGGUGGCGCGACUCUGCGACUUCAACCCCAAAACCAAUAAGCAGUCCAAGGACGUGUCCCGCAUGCGCUCCGUCCUUAUAUCCCUGAAACAGACACCCUUGGUGCGCAAAGCCUAGAGCUUUUUUUUUUUUUUUUUUUUUUCGUUUUAGACGUGUCCUUUGCUUCUGCUUUGUUGCACUUUAUUUUAAGGCCCGGUGGGAAUGGUAAUUACAAUUUAUUUUUUAAAAGCACAUUGUUGGGUUUUUUUGUUUUUUUAACAGCCACUCUGCUAAUAUUGUACUACAACCUCUCUGCCUUAUGAAGAAGAUGCCUUUCCCCCCAUCUGAAGGUAUGCCUGUUUGUAAUCAUGUAGUUGCCUUGAAGUUCUUACCCGAGGCAUACUCACAAUAUAUAUAAUCAAUCCUAAGUCUAUUUUACAUAGGUCUUAGACACAAUAAUUUUCAUGCGCUUGUUAUGGAAGAUUUGCCAUUUUCCCACUAGCAUUGCUGGUAUAAAUCAUCUGUAGACCCAUUAGGUACAGAUCGAAGGUAUAAGCUUAACAUGCAGCAUCCACAAAGGCAAUCCUUAAACAUUUUGACUUUUAAUCAUUAUCAGGUCAACUAUACACCUGUUGCAUUGUAUAGGUCAUGUUGUUUCACUGUUCAUUUUUUUUAAAAGGUGAUACCACCUGUAUGUUUGUAGUGAGGGUUCCACAGUAGGUUAUGAAGAAGCCUUUACAUUUAAUACAGCAUAGGUCACUCCAUGUCAACAGUAGCACUGAUCAUAAACCAGGACACUAUACUGAGGCCUUCUGGAACUUCACUUGAGUCAGAUACUAACAAAAUGUGGUUUGCACAAGUUUUUUUUCUUCUGUUCAUUGACUGCCAAAGACUUGCAUGACAGCACCACAGGGAUUGUCUAAAUGAGGCCUUUAUCACAUCCAUAAUUCUGUUAUAUUGGCUACUGUUCUUCCUGGUUGUUUUAUAUCGGGAUAGAACCACAUAAUGUGCAUUGUUUUUCCCAUGUAAGGUUUGCAUUCAGAUGCAGUUGAAACAAUGUUACAAAACUUGAUUUCUUCUUCAGUUCAAUAAAACAUUGGUCAAGGUAA